CCGACGCCAGUCCUCGUGGCAACCCGGCAUCUCGGCGGGUCUGCGCGACGCUGCUGCCAGGAUGCGGCUGUUCUACCGGCUGCUGAAGCAGCCGGUGCCCAAACAAAUCGAGCACUACUCGCGCUUCUCGCCGUCGCCACUCUCCAUCAAGCAGUUCCUGGACUUCGGGAGAGACAAUGCAUGUGAGAAGACCUCCUACAUGUUCCUCCGCAAGGAGCUCCCUGUGCGCUUGGCGAACACCAUGAGAGAAGUCAACCUGCUGCCUGACAACUUGCUUAGUCGGCCUUCGGUGAAAUUGGUUCAGAGUUGGUACAUGCAGAGUUUUCUUGAACUUCUAGAAUACGAAAAUAAGAGCCCCGAGGAUCCACUGGUUUUGGAUGAUUUUCUGCAGGUCUUGCUGAAAGUCCGAAACAGGCACAAUGACGUGGUUCCUACCAUGGCGCAAGGCGUGAUUGAGUACAAGGAGAAGUUUGGGUUCGAUCCUUUCAUUAGCAGUAACAUCCAAUAUUUUCUGGAUCGAUUUUACACCAACCGCAUCUCUUUCCGCAUGCUUAUUAACCAGCACACACUGCUGUUUGGUGAAGACACCAACCCUGCUCAGCCUAAACACAUCGGAAGCAUUGACCCCACCUGCAAUGUGGCUGAAGUAGUGAAAGAUGCCUAUGAAACAGCCAAGAUGCUCUGUGAACAGUAUUACCUGGUAGCUCCGGAGCUGGAGGUUCAAGAAUUCAAUGCCAAAGCCCCAGACAAGCCGAUCCAGGUCGUUUACGUGCCUUCACACCUGUUUCACAUGCUGUUUGAGCUGUUCAAGAACUCAAUGAGAGCAACCGUAGAAUUACAUGAAGACCGAAAAGAGGGCUACCCUGCUGUUAAGACCCUUGUGACUCUGGGCAAAGAAGACUUAUCCAUUAAGAUAAGUGACCAAGGUGGUGGUGUCCCACUUCGCAAAAUAGAUCGUCUUUUCAACUAUAUGUAUUCCACCGCUCCCAGACCUAGCCUGGAGCCUAUGAGAGCUGCACCUCUGGCUGGAUUUGGCUAUGGCUUGCCAAUCUCUCGUCUGUACGCUAGAUAUUUCCAAGGAGAUCUCAAACUCUAUUCCAUGGAGGGCGUGGGUACUGACGCUGUCAUUUAUUUGAAGGCUCUUUCAAGUGAAUCGUUUGAGAGACUUCCGGUUUUCAAUAAGUCAGCAUGGCGCCAUUAUAAGACCACACCUGAAGCUGACGAUUGGAGCAAUCCUAGCAGUGAGCCCAGGGAUGCGUCAAAAUACAAAGCUAAACACCAAGAUUCAACCACGUCAUCUUGAAACACUUGGAUCCGUUUCCCUCAAUUGCAUUUUCAGUCUGCGUGGACAAGGUCAAGACUAAUAGAACUUUCUAGAGAACUGAAUGCUCUGGUCGUCUCUGGAAGAAAGAUGGUUUUCAGCUCGGCGCAGAACCAUAGUUAGGCCAGUGCUUGAAUGUGUGUUUUCUCUAUACCAGCUGGACCUUUUCCAUUGAGCCCUUCCUGUAGCUACUCCAGCUCUUCUGCAAAAACUAGUAAUUUGUAAAUUUGCAAGUAAUCAUUUGUAAUACUUUGCUGUGUUGUGAUUGGCACUUGGCACACCAGAACACACAGCCUUCCCAAGAGUUCUCGUGUCCUCGCACCCUCCACCUCAUUAUCCUAGCGCCAAGGGCCCACAGUCUCCCUCGGAAGCCGAGCUCCUUCCUCUGUCCUGACACUUGUAGGUCCCUACUGUUGCGCUCUGUGACCAAAGGUUCUAUCUGCCCCACACUGUCCCCUAGGGCUUGGGGAAUCUGGAAGUUCAGACCAUCAGCUGACCAGGUCUUGAUAAUUCAGCCCUAGAGCCCUUCCUCCCUCCCUCCCUCCCUCCCUCACAUGCAUUUCUCCUCCACUCUCAGAUUUAGUCUCUCGCUUUCCUACAUUUGAUCAUAUUUUCAUGGUGCUGUAUGGGUACUUUGUGUGUUAGAACUUAAUCAUCAAUGCUUUGAUAUUAUUAUACAAUCCAUUUGUGUACUUCGAUUCUGUUCAUUAAAGUGAUCCAAAAGUU